AUGGCUCCCACUGGCUCUGCGCACUGCUCUAAAGACAUGGCUUCAGCUCAUAAGCUGAGAAAGCCCAUGGUUGAAAAGCUGCGUCGUGAUCGGAUUAACUCCAGCAUCGAGCAACUCAAGUCGCUGCUGGGCCCAGAGUUCCUCCGACAGCAGCCUGACUCCAAACAGGAGAAGGCAGACGUUCUGGAGAUGACUGUGGCCUACCUCCAGGCUUGGCAGCAACAGGCCGCCCCUAAACUGGCUCCUACAGGGGACCCUAAAGUGGCCCCUAAACCAUCCCCAGUCCCUGUGAGGACCUCUGGAGAAGGAUACACACGGUGUGUCCAGGAGGCCGUCAGCUUCCUGUCCCACUGUGAGCUGCAGACCCAGGCUCAUAGAAGGCUGCUGGGGCACUUCCAGGGACAAGCCCCCGGGAAACCCCCUGUCACCCCCACAUGCCCCAUGCAGAAGGACCACUGCAAGGUCCAGAUCCAGAGCAACGGGCUCUGGAGGCCCUGGUAGGACUAAGUCUAAACCCAGGUCUGGACUAAACCCUGUCUGUGAUGUCAUGGACCUCUGUAGGACUUACAGUCUGCAGUCUACAGAUGAUGACCCUCAGUCCCUGAUGGGACCUGCUCCUGUCCCUGCACUGCUGAUGGGACCUGUGGAUGAAGAUGAGAGGCUCUGGUUCCUCAGAGCUGUUAUGGACUUUGUACUUCUGUAGAAGAUCUUCUCUUGUUCCUCUGGGACAGACCUCAUGUGUUUGUUUAUAAACAUCUGUGUUCAGUGUUAAACCCAGUUUUGGGUCGUUGAGUUAAACCCACGUUUGGGUUGUUUUGGUUAAACCCAGUUUAGGGUCAUUAUGUUAAAGCCACUUUUGGUUCAUUAUGUUAUAACAUUAAACCCACAUUGGGGUCUAUUACAUGUUACACCCACACUGGGUUAUUGUUGAUUAUGAGAGAAACUAAAGUGUGAUACUGAGUAUCUGUUGAACCUUUGAUCCUGUGGAUCUGCUUGUGUAAAUCUCAAAUGAUUCCAUUUG